AUGGAUCCAGAUGCGGUGAAGUCGACCCUUUCCAAUUUGGCAUUCGGUAAUGUAUUGGCGGCAGCUGCUAGAGAUUAUAAGAAGGAAGUUGUCGCAAAUGAGAAGGCGCAAGCAUCGAGACCUGCCAAUCAGGAGGUUGAUUUUGACGAAUUGAUGGAUGAUCCAGAGCUCGAAAAAUUGCACGCAGACAGGAUUGCAGCACUCAAGAGAGAAGUGGAAAAGAGAGAAGCAUUCAAAAGGCAAGGACAUGGCGAGUACCGAGAAGUCAGCGAGGGAGACUUCUUGGGAGAAGUCACCACGUCUCUCAAAGUCAUUUGUCACUUCUACCACAAGGAAUUCUAUCGCUGCAAGAUAAUGGACAAGCAUCUCAAGACCCUUGCACCUCGACAUGUGGACACUAAGUUCAUUAAGAUGGACGCAGAGAACGCUCCCUUCUUUGUGGCAAAACUCGCAAUCAAGACUUUGCCCUGUGUCAUCCUUUUCAGCAAGGGGAUUGCGAUGGAUAGGCUUGUGGGGUUUCAAGAUUUAGGUGCCAAGGACGAUUUCACCACGACUAAGCUGGAGAAUGUUCUCGUUAGAAAAGGAAUGCUUACUGAGAAGCGAAAAGCGGAAGAGGAGGAAGAUUACGAGUAUCAAGAAAGCAUACGUCGCUCCGUUAGGUCUUCAGAGAAUCUCGACUCUGAUUCAGAUUGA